ACGUACACACAGAGCGGGACGCUCCGAAUUUAGACACGGAAGUCAGUUGCAUUUGUUCAGUGCUACUAAGUCCAUUUUCUGUGAAUAUGGUGCAGAGCGGCUUGUCAUUGAGGUAGAUUGCAGAUUCAAGUGGAGUCAUUGCUGGUAAUGUAAGCCGAAGACUUGUUUGUAAGUCUGAAAUCACAAUAACAAGAGCUGGAGCCUCACAUCAGGCUGCAGCUCCCGUGACAGAUGGAAGAACUCUACACUUUGGAGAGGGAAGUAGGAAGAGGCAGCUAUGGUGUGGUCUUUGAAGGCCAUAUGGCCAAAACAGGACAGAGGGUGGCUGUUAAGCGGCUUCCUUGCAGCAAUCCUGAAUGCAUUGAACUCUACCUGCAAGAACUUUGGGCCAUGAGAUCCACAGCAAGGAACCACGUCAAUGUUAUUGCACUCCACAGCUGCCUCCUACAGACAGGACCAAGGAGCCUGAAGCCCCUAAAAGCAGGGAAACUGCCACUACGUUUAGUUGAGAGUGUGCUGAAGGGCAGUGUCAGUGCACCACAAAGUGAGGAGGGGAGUAACUCACAGUUUAAGACCCAGAGGAAGACUAACUCUGUCUCUAGACUUCAGGAUAGGACCAACACCGUUCAGGUCAGGGCUAAGCUUCAGAACAAGACUGAAUCAAAUGCAUCUGAUUCUACAACUCCACAAAGGCCUCAUAACAGAGCCAGGAAGAGACCGGCACAGGGGCAGGAGGAGCAGAUGGGACACCUACGCUGCUUGGCCCUGUGGCUCGUGAUGGAGUACUGCGAUGGGGGCGACUUAAAUCAGUACCUGCUCUCCAGGCCCCCGGACACACAACGUAACCACAGCGUGGUUCAACAGCUCUGUAGUGCUGUGGCCUUCCUACAUAGCCUGGGUAUCACCCACCGAGACCUGAAGCCUGAUAAUGUGCUAGUCUGUGUAACACCGAAGGGCCCUGUGGUGAAGGUGGCAGACUUUGGACUGAGCAAAAUGAGUGAUUGUGUGCUAGACGGUGAUGUGACCAGGCAACACUUCUCCUCCACCUGUGGCUCUGACUUCUACAUGGCUCCAGAGGUGUGGGGUGGACUGACCUACACAGCCCAGGCAGACAUCUUCUCACUGGGUGUGAUGUUCUGGGCUGUCCUGGAGAGAAUCACCUUUGUGGAAGAAGGGACCACGCAGGAACAACUGGGUGCCUAUGUGUGUAAGGGUCGCUCAGGUUGGUUGAUGCCACUGGGGGAAGCUUUGUGGGAGAACGCCGAGCUCCAGCUCUGCAUCCCUAUGAAGUUUAAGAGGGCGCCCCCGCUGCCACCCCCUCCCGGUCCAGCCAUGUGCUCCCUGCUUUUAGACAUGCUUGCCUCAAACCCGGAUGCCCGUCCUCCGGCAGACCAGCUGGAGGCCAGAGUGCACUCUGCUCUGAAAGAGGACUCCCACUGACAGCAAGUGGGCUAAAGAGACCGUAAUGGCUAUAACCACUAUUGCCAAUACAUGGAUAUACGAGUGUGGACCUCCUGACUGCAGUGCUCCCUACAUGUGUAAGCAAUAGCCACUUUAAUGCCACAGGGAAGUGGGGAAAAGAAAUAUGUAUGAUUAUCUGGGAUUACAGGUGCUAUUUUCGUCACAGAAACAGAAGCUCAGUUCAUAAACUGUGUAGGAAACCACAUCAAGGGAAAAUGAAUGAUAUGGGGGAGUCCAUAUAGAGAUCUAGUGGGACUUACUCAGGCUGUAUUAUAAUGUAAGCACCAUGCUGUUGCCUAGACCUUGAAUGCUUGACAUAGAAAAUCAAUUUUAGUGUGUGUGUAUAUAUGAUUGAAAUGAAAUGCAGGGGCUCACUGCUGCUGCUUCCUGUUUAAGUCUGGAGUGUUCCUGGUGAUUCCCUGUGUUCGUGGCUUUAUUUUGGGUAUUAAUGUUUUACUUUUUACUUGUUGAAAAAUGUAGCUAGAAUUUUAAUAUUUUAUGCUUAUUAUAUUCUUCAAAUAUUUCCACCACAGAUCAAGGGUAACAUGGAUCUGUCAGGUCACUGGGCCUUAAAUAUGUCUUAAAUAUGUAAAAUGGCCCAUAAAUAGAAACAUUUGGCCAUAGUAAUGCAAUCCAGUGCAGUAGUCAUGUAAUAAAUAAAUAAAUUAAAAAAAAUAAUAAUGUCACCAUUAAGUAAGUGUUGUAUUGACUCUAUCAGCCACAGGCAUCUAUUCAGUGCUGUGGUAAUGAUGUUGUAAUUUGUGGUGUGUUUUUUUUUUCUCUCCAAAUAAAUGGACCACCACAAAGUACAGCUUCACAUAUGUACAACAGAGCUAAUAUACAAACAGCUAAAUCAUAAGCUUCUUAAACUAAAAAAAUGUAAAUAUACUAGAAUUUAUUUCAGGGCUAACAUUGUACAAGUUUGUAUCUUCCUGCUUUUUGUGUAUUUAAAUUUUUAAUACUUCUUCAGAGAAACUGCUCUAUGACAUAUUUGCUUUUCACAUGAAAUAUAACUUGACCUGAGAAUGUAUAUUUGUUAUUCUGAAAAAACAAAAAAAAAAUGAUUUGCUCAGGUCACCAGAGUCAGCAAUGUUUUAGGAUGUUGCUUCUUUUUUCUUUCUUUCUUUUUUUUUUUUUUAAGUUUAGAAGUUUUUGAAAGUUAAGUCAAACUUUUGUCACUGUGAGCAUUUUUGUGAUGUCUGCACUGAAAACUGAAAGAUCUGGCAGCAUGUGGCUCACAGUGACUAACGAUCACUAAUAUACCAUCCUCUCAUGAACAGGAAAUUAAAGCCAGGCAUUAGGAAUGUAGCUGAUCAUAUCCAUGCUGAGUCCACAGUAUUUAUUACGGGUCAUCAGUCUUAGUCAUUGACAAUAUAUAUUAGAUGACUGACUUAUUUCAGAAGUUCACAUUCCUGGAAAAAAAAUGGGUAUGUAUCAUAACAUGAACUGUGUCCAGAAACACUCUUUAAAUUUAAUAAAGAUCAAAUUGUAACAUGA